CAAGCGGCGUCUCCAUCGCGGCCGCCUAAUUGCGCCAAAGGAACACUAGUUACUCCGAACGAACUGUCCGGAAGCCGUCUCAGAGGUGGAACGAAACGGCGCGGUACGCAGCUCGAUCACUGGCGCAGCAGCGUCGCCCCCAGCCCUGCCUCUCCAGCCGGCUGAUAUAACAGGCGCCGCGGCCCGCCGCCCGCGCGACGCACCGCUCCGAGAGCUGUGCUACACGGUCAGCGACGCGCACCACACGAGCGCCCACGCGCUCCUCCCAAAAGCAGCCGCGCAGACGCAAUAACAUCACAGCGCUCCCCACGAGAAGAGAAGACAAAGGUAAGCCAAGAUGGUCUUCACGGGCCGCACGCACGCCAUUAAAAGGGUCCAGUUCGGGAUCCUGGGGCCCGAUGAGAUCCGGAACAUGUCCGUGACCCAAAAAACGAACGCGCGCGAACGCGCCGUCGACGCGGGAAUUUCAAAGUAUGAGACGUACUUGGACGGCAAGGGCGUUUACGGCGGCGUGAAUGAUCCUAGAAUGGGGUCGCUAGAUGACAAGGAGGACCCCGGGCACUUCGGCCAUAUAGAAUUAGCGAGGCCGUGCUACCACCUCGGUUACCUGAAAGAGACCUUGAUGGUCCUGCGGUGCGUCUGUUUUCAUUGUUCUAGACUGAUGGCCGAUCCCAGCGAUUAUCGAGUCCAGGCGGCGCAGAAGUUGAAAUCUCAGCGAAGGUUAGAAGCUAUGCACGCGCUGUGUCGGACGCAGAAGCGCUGCGAGUUCGCGACGAAGGAGGAGUUGGACGCCGCUAUCUUAGAAGGCGGCGACCCGGAGCAGGCGUCCUACGGCUGCGGCGCGUUGCAGCCCCAGUUCCGGAAAAGGAACGCGCAGAGCAUCGAGGUCGAGUUUUCAGCUGAUGAUGAGCACGUGCCCGGUUUGUGGCGGCGUCCUGGUUGUGACCUUCCGGUGGACGGCGUCGCGUCCCUCGCGCGAGCGCCACGCGUCGCGACGCCAUCGUCGCGUCGACGGCUUCUCGUGGUGGACGCCAUCGGCGCGGCGCCGCCUGCGCGUCGAUGGCGUCGAGCGCUGGAGCCGCACAGAGACGCCGCCGGCGCGCCGUGCGUCGAGAGCACGCGUCGACAGCGCGUCGCUGGCGUCGCGAGAGGGAACCGCCGUCGACGCGAGACGCUCACCCUCGAAACAACGCAGGCUCCGGCGACCGCAAGCAGAUCCUGAGCGCGCACAAGGCGCACGAGGUGCUGCGGAACGUGUCCGACCGCGACGCGAGACUGCUAGGCCUGGACCCGCGACACGCGCGGCCCGAGUGGCUCCUACUCACGGUAUUACCGGUGCCGCCGCCCCACGUCCGUCCCAGUGUACAACUCGGCGACUCGAACCAGCGGUCCGAAGACGACCUGACGCACCAGCUCGUGAACAUCGUGAAAGCCAAUAGAACUUUGGAGCAAUUGUGUCGCGCGGGCGAGGCGCCCCACAUCGUGUCCCAGUUCGAGGAAUUGCUCCAGUACAAGGUCAACGCGUUGUUCGACAACGAGGCCAACGCUAAAGAUGGAGUGCAAGAAAAGCAGCGCGGCGGGAAACCGUUGAAGACUAUUAGACAACGGCUCAAAGGUAAAGAAGGUCGUAUAAGAGGUAAUUUGAUGGGGAAGCGCGUCGACUUCUCGGCGAGAACCGUGAUCACGGCCGAUCCGAACCUAAGUGUGGACCAGGUCGGCGUUCCUCGGUCCAUAGCGAAGACCUUAACGGUGCCUGAAAGAGUAGCGCCGUACAACGUCCACGAACUCUCAGCUCUCGUAAGAAAUGGCCCGGAGGUCUGGCCGGGGGCGCGCUACGUCGUCCACGCCGACGGGCGACGCGUAGACCUCCGCUUCGUGAAGCAUUUGAAUGAUCUGGCGUUACACACGGGGUUCGUCGUCGAAAGGCAUCUGCGCGACGACGACCUCAUCGUGUUCAACCGCCAGCCGUCGCUCCACAAGAUGUCGAUCAUGGCGCACCGCGUCAAGGUGCUGGACCACUCGACGUUCCGACUGAACCUCUCCGUCACGUCGCCGUACAACGCCGACUUCGACGGCGACGAGAUGAACUUGUGCGUAGCGGCGUCUGUUGUACUUUUCAUGCGUCGCGGCGACGGCGUAGGGGCGCCACGAGACUCCGACGCCGCGGGCACGCCAUCGCCGUGGACGCCAUCGACCCUUUGUUUCCAACACAGGCACGUCCCGCAGUCGGUCGCCGCGAAAGCGGAACUCGAGCAGAUCAUGAUGGUGCCGAGGAAUAUCGUGUCGCCCCAAUCCAAUAAACCGGUCAUGGGCAUCGUGCAAGAUUCGCUACUAGCCUCUGCGAGAAUGACGUCCCGAGACACGUUCAUCGAACAGGAUUUACUCUUCAAUUUACUGAUGUGGGUCGGCGACGACUGGGACGGCGUGAUCCCGCCGCCGGCCAUCCUCAAACCGAAGCCGUUGUGGACCGGGAAACAGGUCUUUUCCCUCAUCAUACCCAAACUAAACUUCAAGGGCAAGGGCAACCGGUUCCCGAAGAAGGGCGCCGACACGCUGAACUGGUCCGACGGGACCGUACUCAUUCAUCAGGGCAAGCUGCUGACGGGCGUCAUGGACAAGAAGAUCCUUGGGACAAGUGGUGGAAGUUUGAUUCAUGUGACCUGGUUGGAAAAAGGUUCGGAAGCGACCAUGUACUUGAUUAAUCGCGUGCAGACAUUAACGAACAAUUGGUUGGUGACGGUAUCAUUCAGUAUCGGCAUUGGGGAUGCGGUCGCGGACCAGUCGACGAUGCGAAAUAUUGAGUCGAUCAUUGAUGAGGCCAAGGACAAGGUCAAACAACUGGUACAACGAGGGCAGAGAGGAGAACUCGAGUGCCAGCCCGGGCGGACGAUGAUCGAGUCCUUUGAAGCGAUGGUGAACCGCGUGCUGAACGCGGCGCGGACGUCUGCGGGUUUAUCUGUCCAGGAUAGUAUCAGUGAGGCAAAUAACGUGAAAUCCAUGGCCAUGGCCGGGUCCAAAGGUAACGACAUCAACAUCAGUCAGAUUAUUGCGUGUGUGGGCCAACAGAACGUCGAGGGUAAGAGAAUACCCUACGGCUUCCGGAGAAGGACCCUACCUCAUUUCGCGAAAGAUGAUCUGGGGCCCGAAUCGAGAGGGUUUGUGGAGAACUCGUAUCUGAGAGGUCUCAGCCCGCAGGAGUUCUUCUUCCAUGCCAUGGGCGGUCGGGAGGGUCUCAUCGAUACGGCCUGUAAAACGGCCCAGACCGGUUACUUACAACGUAGAUUGGUCAAGUCCAUGGAGUCGACAGCUGUCCAGUACGAUGGCACGGUCCGAACGAACCAAGGCCACGUCGUGCAGUUUCUGUACGGCGAGGACGGCGGCGACGGCGCCUGGGUCGAGAAGCAAAAGUUUCCCUCUCUUUUGUUGGGGGAUGAUCAACUGAGAAAGGCCUACUCCAUCAACCUUGCGGAGGGGAGAGACAAGCAGGGUCCCGUGACGCAAGGCGUUCCUCUAGAUGUGGACGUUGCGGCCGCUUGCCGGGCCGAUCCGGACCUCGAGACGUUGCUCGAGGCGGAGUUAGACAGGUUGAAGGGCGAUCGCGAUGCGUUGCGGGCGAUCUUCGCUUGCCGCGAGCCGGACCGCGACGCGGAUCCUUUUGCGCAGCUACCUGUGAACUUGGAACGGUUAGUGUGGGCAGCCCAAAAGCAGUUCGAGUGCGGCGAGCGGUUGGAUACGGCCGUCCUAGAUCCUCGCGUGGUUCUAGAGGGCGUCACGCGCUUGUGUGUCCGCAUCAGGACUUGCCGACGGGACGUCGGCGAAUCGAAUGAGCAAUCGCCCGAAGCUACCGCAGCGGCGGCCGCCGAGGCCGACGACGCUACUCAAUUAUUUGUGAUUCUAGUUAGGUCCACGCUGGCGGCUCGGAAGGUGGUGUUCGAGCACCGGCUGAACCGGGCGGCCUUCGACUGGUGCUGUUUGCGGCGUCCUUUGCUUUUUACUUCUUUGCGGCGUCGUGUCGGCUCGAUGGCGUCAUAUGAUCACGCGGCCGCCGCGCCGUCGACGCGAUGUUGUCCCUGUGAGCCCGGCCUUGGCGCGUCCCGAGCGCGGCGCCGCGGCGCGCCUGGCCUCCGGCCGUCGCCUCCGCACGAGGGACGAUUCUACACACACAUCGCCGGCCCGUACCUCCGCCGGGACCUGUGUGCCUGGGCCGGGCCUUGCCUAGCGCAGGGCCGAGCCUACGGCCGAGCCAAUGGCCGAGCCCACAGCGAAGCCCGCGGCCCGGCCUAGACUCCACAAUACGCCAUCGACGCGACAACCGCCGACCCGUUGUCAACGCAGGUUGGUGGGAGAGGUCGAGGCGCGCUUCGUCCAGGCGCGCGCGCACGCCGGCGAGAUGUGCGGCGUGCUCGCGGCCCAGUCCAUGGGCGAGCCCGCCACGCAGAUGACGCUCAACACCUUCCACUUUGCCGGAGUGAGUGCGAAGAACGUCACGCUCGGUGUGCCUCGACUCAAUGAGAUCCUCAACGUCGCGAAAACGGUCCGAACUCCAUCGCUCACAAUUUAUCUCGCGGACCACUGCAAGGAGGACGAGGCGAAGGCGCGAGGCGUCCAGGCCAAACUCGAACAUACGACGCUCGGCGACGUGACCGUGAAGACGCAGAUCGUGUACGACCCCGACGCUACUGACUCUGUGGUAUCUGAGGACCGCGAGUUCGUGCAAGCCUACUGCGAGGUGCCCGACGAAGAUUUUGAUGCGAAGGCUAUGUCUCCUUGGGUGCUGCGGUUUGUGUUGAAUCGGGAAGUGGUCGCUGACAAAAAACUGAGGAUGGCUGAUGUCGCCGCUACGGUGGCCGACGAAUAUGGGGCGGACUUGCACUGUAUUUACGCUGAUGAUAACGCCGACCAAUUGGUACUGAGAGUUCGUAUACGUACUGGUGGAGAUCAGCCGCAGGACGAGGACGACGACGAUGAGUGGCAACUGCUCAGAAGGGUCGAGCAGUCGAUGUUGGCUGAUUUGAGACUAAGAGGCAUCCCGAGAGUGACGAAGGUCUACAUCAAAAAACAAAAAACAAAUAUCUGGGCGUCCACGGGCGCGCUGGGCAACGGGGAAGAAUGGGUGCUGGAGACGGACGGCACGAACCUAGCUACGGUCCUAGCGGAUCCCGACGUCGACUGUACGAGAACGGUCUCGAACGACAUCGUGGAGAUUUGUAGCGUGCGUCUUGCGGCGUCCCAUGUCGUUUCUUCUGCUUCGCCCUGCGGCUGUCGAGCCCGCGGCCGCGCUUACUGCGGAGCCCACGGCCGAGCCGCCGGGCCAGCCCACGGCCGCGCCGACGGCUGGGCCUACGGCAGAGCCCGCGGCCGCGCCCACGCCGCCGACGCGACCUACACCCGGUACGCCGUCGACGCGGCGCCCCUGGAUGCGAGAGCGCCUCGAGCUACCGUCGCGAACGAUCUUUCAACACAGGUCAUGGGCAUCGAGGGCACGCGGCAGGCCCUGCUGCAGAUGUUAAGGGAGGUCAUUUCGUUCGACGGCGCCUACGUGAACUAUCGGCAUUUGGCGGUGCUCUGUGAUACGAUGUGCUUUCGAGGUAGCUUGAUGGCCAUUUCAAGGCACGGCAUCAACCGGGGCGACUCGGGGCCGCUCCUGUCGGCUUCCUUCGAGGAGACCGUCGAGGUCUUGUUCAAAAGCGCGAUCUUCGCGAGAAAAGACGACGUCGACGGCGUCACGCCGAAUAUCAUGCUCGGGCAGCUCGCACAUGUGGGCACUGGUGUUUCUGACUUAUUGCUGGAUUCCGCGCAAUUGGAACACGCCGUGGAAUUGGAAGCCCCGGACCAGCAGCAGAACGCUUCCCUGAGGGAGUGGGGCGACGCGUCGCCCGACGCGGUGCCUGGCCAGGCGCCGGCGAUGACGCCCUACGCGUCGUCUCCGGCCGGCUUGUACGGGGCGUCUCCCGCGCGCGGCGGCGCGACGCCGGGCUGGGGCGACGCGGCGUUUUCUCCUACUGUUGGUGGAAUUUCUUCCGUCUUGUCGCCGGUGCACGGCGCGUCGCCCAUCUACGGGGCGUCGCCGGCGUAUGGCGGCGUGGCGUCGCCGGUGUACGGCGGGGGGGUUGCGAGUCCGGCCUAUUCGUGCGUUCCGGCGUCCGCGAUUCUCGUCACGUUUAUCGUUCGUACGUGCUGACUGUCAUGCGAGCCGCGGGUCGGGUCCCUCACCGUUCGUAUCCCUCGCAGGCCUACAUCACCCGCUUACAGUGCCGUCCGGGCGUCUGGAAUCAACCAACAACCUCGGGCCGAUUCCCUGAUUGUUCGUAUCCCUCGCAGGUCCUACAAGCCCCGCGUACUCGUGGCGUCACGGCGUCCGGACGGAGCCUGGUUGCUUUGCUGACCGUUCCUUUUCCACCCAGGCCUACAUCGCCGGCGUACUCGUGCGUCCCGGCGUCCGGACUCGCGAUUCUCAUCACGUUUAUCGUUCGUUCGUGCUGACCGUUUCUUUUCUACGUAGGCCUACGUCACCCGCGUACAGUGCCGCACUGGCGUCUGGAAUCAACCAAUAUCCUCGGGCCGAUUCCCUGAUUGUUCGGUUUCCGCGCAGGUCCUACGAGUCCCGCGUACUCGUGCGUCGCGGCGUCCUAACUCAAUCAAGCGCCUCGAAUCGGGUCCCUCACCGUUUUUUUUCUACGCAGGCCUACGUCACCGGCGUACUCGUGCGUCCCGGCGUCCGGACUCGCGAUUCUCAUCACGUUUAUCGUUCGUUCGUGCUGACCGUUUCUUUUCUACGUAGGCCUACGUCACCCGCGUACAGUGCCGCACUGGCGUCUGGAAUCAACCAAUAUCCUCGGGCCGAUUCCCUGAUUGUUCGGUUUCCGCGCAGGUCCUACGAGUCCCGCGUACUCGUGCGUCGCGGCGUCCUAACUCAAUCAAGCGCCUCGGGUCCUCAAUCGAGCGCCUCGGGUCGGGUCGCUAACCUUUCGUUCUCUCCGCAGGCCUACAUCACCGGCCUACUCGUGCGCCGCGGCGUCGUGAAUCAACCAAGAGCCUCGGAUCGGGUCCCUGACUGUUCGUUCUCCACGCAGGCCUACGAGUCCCGCCUACAGUCCAUCGAGUCCCGCAGUGCGUUUCCAGCGCCCUACACAGCACUUCGACUUCGUUGUGAGACUUAGCACUUCGUUCGAGCCCGAAAAGGGACGUUACGCCUCUUUAUCGGUUCCACAGCUCACCCAUCUUGUUUCUACACAGUACUCUCCGACGCACGUGUUUCGGUGUCUUAUAAUGAAUCCAGACGACCUACGAAGUGGCCUGAGGAACCAGUGGCCGAGGCGAUGGCCGAGGCGGCGGCCGCGGCCAUUGCGCCAAGGCCACUGCUGAUCGUCGGAACCGCCUCUAGCGGUCCUCGGAGCCGACCUCGGAUCCGACGACCGAGGCCCGCCGUGUUUUGCGCCAGGACGACCUACGACA